AUGGCAGCACUUCAGCAGCCGGAUGGGGCUGUGGGAGAUGCGCCGCCCCCAUCGAAGAGCUUCGCGGCUGUGGUAACAACCAGCAAUGGUGUUGAGGCUUUCCAUCCAAGGACUAUCUCUACGUAUAGGGGGAAACCCGCCCUCAGAAUAGCAAAGAAGGAAAUCUUGCAAUUGGCACGUCCUUUCCAGCACGCACUAGUGGGCAAAUUCUCAUACAGUAGACCUCCUAUGGAGACUGUAAGGAAGUUUUUCCUGUCGCUAGGGCUGAAGGGGGAUUGUGCGGUGGCCUUGUUGGAUGCGAACCAUGUCCUCAUCAGGCCAACAAUGAAGGAGGAUUAUGCUAGGUUAUUAAUACGUCGCACGUGGUUCAUAAAGAGCUCGCCUAUGACAAUCUCCAAACGGUCUUUCGAUUUCAAAGCCAACAAAAAAGUAACGAUCGUUCCUGUGUGGGUAAGUUUUCUAGGCCUGCCAUUACCAUUUUUUAGAAGGAACCCACUCAAUAAGCUGGCUUCUGUCUUGGGACGACUACUGAAGAUUGACGCAGCUACGGGUGAUCUGAGGAGGCCGUCUGUCGUAAGGGUGUUGGUGGAGAUCGAUAUAGCCCGCACACCUGUGAAAAAGAUCUGGAUAGGUGAUGAGAAGUAUGGUUUCUGGCAGCACGUGGAAUACGAGAGUUGGCCAGCGUUCUGCUCCUUCUGUGAGAGGUUUGGCCAUGUCCAAUAG